AAGACCGGACUCCCGCACGCAGCUGCACAGAGGCCGACCCGGAAGACAGGGGCGCUUACGCAGCAAGCAAAACCGCUGCGACUCAGGGACUGGCUCUCUGGGCAGACGUCACUCAAGUCAAUUCGGCUCCGCCUCUCUCAAGAUGGCGAUGCGCUCAAUGCGGAAGGCGCGUGGGUGCUGGAGCUUCAUCCGGGCACUUCAUAAAGGACCCGAAGCGGCUCAGACUCCCCAGAAAGAUGCUGUGAAGCGAGUAUUCUCUGGCAUUCAGCCUACAGGAAUCCCCCACCUCGGCAAUUACCUGGGAGCCAUUGAGACCUGGGUGAGGUUGCAGGAAGAACAUGGCUCGGUGCUGUACAGCAUCGUUGACUUACACUCCAUCACUAUCCCCCAGGAGCCGGCCGUCCUUCAGCAGAGCAUCUUGGACAUGACUGCUAUUCUUCUCGCCUGUGGCAUAAACCCAGAGAAGAGCAUCCUUUUCCAACAAUCUCAGGUGUCUGAACACACGCAGUUAAGUUGGAUCCUCACCUGCAUGGUCAGAUUACCCCGGUUACAGCAUUUACACCAGUGGAAGGUGAAGAUUGCCACACAGAAGCAUGGCGGGACCGUGGGCCUGCUUACGUACCCGGUGCUCCAGGCAGCCGACAUCCUGUUGUACAAGUCCACACACGUUCCUGUCGGGGAGGAUCAAGUCCAGCACAUGGAGCUCGUUCAGGAUCUAGCACGAGAGUUUAACAAGAAGUAUGGGGAGUUCUUCCCGGUGCCCAGGUCCAUUCUAACAUCCCUGAAGAAGGUGAAAUCCCUCCGUGAUCCUUCUGCCAAAAUGUCCAAAUCGGACCCUGAUAAACUGGCCACGGUCAGGAUAACAGACAGCCCGGAGGAGAUCGUGCAGAAAUUCCGCAAGGCUGUGACGGACUUCACGUCGGAGGUGACCUACGAGCCAGCGCGCCGCCCCGGGGUCUCCAACCUGGUGGCCAUUCACGCGGCGGUGGCCGGCCUCCGCGUGGAGGAAGCGCUGCAGCUGAGCGCGGGCGUGGACACCGGUCGCUACAAGCUCCUGGUGGCCGAUGCCGUGAUUCAGAGGUUUGCUCCAAUUAAGAGGGAGAUUGAAAAACUGAAGACGGACAGGGGCCACUUAGAGAAGGUUCUCCAGGUGGGCUCAGCCAAAGCCAAAGAAUUAGCCCGUCCCGUGUGCCAGGAGGUGAAGAAAUUGGUGGGGUUUCUAUAGGAAGCUUCCCUGCGUGGCAGAAAACCUGUUAUGUCUUGUGGCCUGUGCACUCCUAUUAAUAAAGGCAGCUUUCCUCACAAAUGAAAAAUGAUGGGGACACCUAAUUUUGGUACACAUGAUUAUUGGCUUCAUUCGUCAAUAAGAAUUUGUAACUUUCAGGGGCGCCUGGGUGGCUCAGUGGAUUGAGCAUCUGUCUUCUGCUCAGGUCAUGAUCCCAGGGUCUUGGGAUCAAGUCCCCCAUCAGGCUCUCUGCUCAGUGGGGAGUCUGCUUCUCCCUCUCCAUCUGCCUCUUCCCCCUGCUCAUGUUCCCUCUCGCUCUCAAAUAAAUAAAUAAAAUCUUAAAAAAAAAAGAAUUUGUAACUUUCAAAUCGAGCGGUGUUCUAAAGCCCAUCAGCAAAAUGCUGUGGCCAAGAAAGAAAGAAGGCAUAACUCUCUGAAUCCUCAAUUAUUUGAGACACACGCCUUACUCUGAAUUUAGGUACCCGAAUGUGACUGAGGUGAGCAGUAAUUUGGCAAAUGAGGGUAUCAUUUGUCUCUCUCACUGGAGUACAUCCUAUUACAGGUGCUCACUUUAUGUGUCCCAGCCCUUUUAAAUGUUUUUGUUUUGUUUUGUUUUGAAGUAAUCUCUACGCCUGACGUGGGGCUCAAACUCACCCCCCAAGAGUCGCAUGCUCCACUGACUGAGCCAGCCAGGUGCCCCUCUGUCCCAACCCUUUUAAAAAGUAGUAUGUAGAUUCUUAGACUUACAGUCCUGGGGAUGCCAUUUGGACCAAUUGGUAUUGAGAUCUUAUAUUAAUAAGUUGAUUAUUAGAGUUCAUUUGUUACUAAGAUAGUACCUGCCUAAAUGUAUUUAAGCUGCUUAACUUGUUCCCAAUGAAACCACACUGACUAUCCCAGUAAAUAUUGUUGUGUCUUGUUUAAUUCAGAAAUACAUGAUACAAUCUUCUGAGAAGGUUGCAUUAUUUCAACUUGAUUGAUUCACAAGAACCCAGGUUUCUGAAUUCUGUUUGUAGUUAAGUACUUCUUUGCCUUUGCUUCUAGUUCAACAUCACCAGCCCCCUGGGAACUAUACCAGGGGGAUUGCCAUUUUACCCCCAAGGAAAGCCAGGCUCAGAGAGUGCAUUAGCUUGUGCAGGAUCACUCAGUAAGAAGCAAGUCCAAGAUUAAAACCUUCACUCCUUAAAGAGUAGUGUUUUUUCCAUCAGCACAGAACCAUGAAAGGCAUGAUCUGUGGACUCCAGGCAUUCUUAUUUUGAAGGUGAAUACUCGAAAUAUAAGACCUGAACUGUGGACACUGUUUAAAUCAGUAACUCAACCAGUAGCCACCUGCUUUAAAUCUGGAUUCCGCCAACCUUGGUCAUAUUUGCUUCUCAGAAUCCCCAAGGCAGGUCCAAAGUUCUGUCUCCUAUGCUUAAGGCAGAGACACUUCAAAGUAUAUUCUGCCAGACUACCAUAGUAGUGAGGCCUGACAGAUCAGAUUUUCCUGAUGAGUGGAAGCUUCUCACUUCCCCUCUACCUCAGCCUCUCUGAGUAAUAAGUCUCUCUGAGUCACUCUAAAACCUAGCUUCUCUGCACUUCCUGAAUAUGGAAAUGACAGUCCUGGCUUACCACACCAGGACCUGUUAGCAAGCUUGAUUUUGUAAGAGAAAUUGCUUAUAAGUUUUUUUGUCAGUGGGUACCAUGAUCACCUUUUAUACAUAAGGCACUAGUAUGUUGGACAAAGAAUUUUUUUAAAGAUUCAUUUAUUUAUUUAUUUUGAAGAGAGAGAGAGCAGGGGAGAGGGAGAAGAGGGAGAGGGAGAAGGAGAGAAUCUCAAGCAGUCUCCCUUCUGAGUGCAGAGCCUGACGCAGGGCUCGAUCCCAUGACCCUGAGAUCAUGACCUGAGCUGAAAUCAAGAGUCCGAUGCUUAACUGACUGAGCCACCCAAGUGCCCUGCAAAGAAUUUUUGUUCAUGUUUCUUAAGGGAAGGAAGUAGAGUAGUCCUUUUAUCGGAACAGAUAUAAGUACACAAAACACUGCAUGCCGGAAUCCACCCCAGGUCCAAAUCCUUUUUGGGAUCUUUUCUUGGAAUGUGGUAGCUAUAGUCCUACAGCCUCUUUGGGCAUAUUUCCUCCAAGGUUCUCUCUUUUUUUUUUUUCCUUUAAAAGAAACCAAAGUAUGAAUACUGGAAAAUAACAAAAUUAAUGGAUCUAUCAAACCAAUUGUUUGUAUCUGUGUAUUUUUUUUUUUAAUCUGCUUGCCA